UGGUGGUAUGUGCAAACUAAAACACCCACACAGGGACUAAAUCUAUCUCUUUUAUGCCGCUUGACUGAUAACGAUGGCCUUGGAGGCAGACGGAGGUUCAUCAAGGAGCGCUCCUGAAAAAUAUCCCCGGGCGGCGUUGGAGCGCAACGGCUACGUGAAGACAUGUGUCACCCCGCUGUUCCAGGACGCAGGGUGCCAGUCGUCGUGGCUCAGACUCGCCGUGACAUGGACUUGCCGAGGAGUGUCGUCUGCGGUCUGCGUUGCCUCCAUCUCCGUUACUCUCGCUCUGCUGCUCAGAUUGGUCGACUGGGAUGCAGGCAGCAGGACCAACGGAAAUAGCAGCGGCUCCGACCCUCGUCUUCAUUUCGCGGCGGGCUGCGCUGUCGAGCUGCUUUUGAGCGUGUGUUACUGCGUCUCCCCCGCUUUUACACUCGUAUGUGCCUUCUUCUGGGUAGGGCUGUAUCUGAUUCGCUGCGGAGUACUCAUCCGCACCGCGCUGUUUCUGUUAGCGGUGUGCCACUUGGGCGAAGCCGCGGCGCAUUCCCUCCUGUGCGGCGCCGAGGAGCAGCUGCUGUCCUUCUCCGCAACCCUGGUAGUCCUCGGCUGCCUAGGCAGCGGGGCUCUGCUGGUCGUCCGGCUGGGUCAGGGAGUGUCCAUCCUCGUCUUCAUUAGCGUCAUCAGGACCGUCUCACUUGUCUCCCUGAGUCGAGUCCGGGCCAGUUGGAGACCCUACCUGGCCUACCUGCUGGGGCUGCUGGGGGUUUUGCUUGCGAGGUAUGCUGACCGGCUCUUGCCGGCCUCAGGGACCAGCGGGACGGGGUGCUGUGGCUCUGUGACCGGGGCGAAGGAGGAGGACAUCCCUGUCUUCAAAAGGAGACGGAGGUCCAGCUCCAUAGCGGCCUCGGAAAUGAUGGCUCACAGUCAGAGCAACAGCAAGUCCCACCGCAGGACUUCGCUGCCUUGCAUUCCGCGGGACCAGUCAUCGGGCACCAGUGUGGUGGUGGACAUCGCAGUGAUGGGUGAGGCUCAUGGUUUGAUCUCAGACCUGCUGGCAGACCCAUCAUUGCCCCCUAACACCUGCAGCUCUCUGAAGGCUGUCAGCAAUCUCCUCAGCACCCAGAUCAACCUCCAGCCACUCCACCGACCUCGCACCCCUGCAGACACCCACACCUGCUCUGACUCUGAAGAUGGGCCAGAAAAAACAGAGAGACUCGCUAUUCCAAAGUCAUCGGGCACCAGUGUGGUGGUGGACAUCGCAGUGAUGGGUGAGGCUCAUGGUUUGAUCUCAGACCUGCUGGCAGACCCAUCAUUGCCCCCUAACACCUGCAGCUCUCUGAAGGCUGUCAGCAAUCUCCUCAGCACCCAGAUCAACCUCCAGCCACUCCACCGACCUCGCACCCCUGCAGACACCCACACCUGCUCUGACUCUGAAGAUGGGCCAGAAAAAACAGAGAGACUCGCUAUUCCAAAGCGUCUCAGGCGGAGUCUUCCCCCAGGAUUACUUAGGAGAAUUUCAUCAACUUGGACCACAACCACAUCAGCUACAGGGCUGCCUACCAUCGAGCCAGGCCCUGUACGCAGAGACCGCUCAGCCAGCAACAAACACACUACAGAAAGUGAUUUUUGGAACAACUCAGUGAUGAUGACCAUCUCAAAGAGUCGCUCUAUGUCUGCCUCCUGUGCUGCCUCUGUCACAUCCAACCACCUGUACAGCAAACCACUGGGAAGACCAGGUUUCCCUCCCUCCAACAUAUCACCUCUGGGCUCUCCUUGCUCAUCUCCUCCUGUCCAGGGCACUCCUGCCUCCAGCCCUACGAUAAAAAUAUGUUCAGUGCAGCUUCCUGAGCCGGCUGGGCCACUAACAGAGCUAGUACCUGGCUCUGUGGCCCCCAAAAGCCACCACAGAACCUUAACUCACAGCCAGAGCGCUCCGAGCUCCACCACCACUCACUGGCGGCCUCCAUCACUCUGCGGCAGCUGUGGCAGGCCGUACAACAAUCGACUAAACAACGGGGUAGAGUCUGAAGACAAAGGAGACAGAAUACCCCACCCAGAUGAACGCGCAGUAGCAUCAUCAGACUAUGAUAGCACGUACGACAGCACCUAUGAGACCAACCACAGUGACAGCAGCGACUUUGCACAGAAUGAAGAGGAAGCAGAGGGAGGCAAGAAGCCUCCUGAAGCAAGGGAAGGUUGCAGGGAGUAUCCGAAUGACGGCAUUGUUCUUCACCCUGUCCUGCUCUCUUCAGAGGACAAGCCAAACUUGGCCCCAGAGACUCUGUUAAUGCCAGGGCUGGAGCCUCUAAUGAGUCAGCUUAACAACUGGAACUUUCCCAUUUUUAGUCUUGUGGAGAAGACUCACGGCAAGACGGGCUGCAUCCUCAGCCAGGUUUCUUAUAGGCUGUUUGAGGACACAGGUCUGUUUGAGACCUUCAGGAUUCCUGUGCGAGAGUUCAUGAACUACUUCCAUUCUUUGGAAAAUGGAUACAGGGACAUCCCUUAUCACAACCGGAUCCAUGCUACAGACGUGCUGCAUGCUGUCUGGUACCUCACCACUCAGCCUGUGCCAGGACUGCCCACCCUGCUGACUGAGAACGGAGUACACACUGACUCACAGAACGGCAUUACACCUGGUGCCACAGGAUUCCUGGUGUCCAAAAUGAACCCUGUGCUGCAGGAAGGCUAUGGCUGCCUGGCUGGUCUUAUCCCUGCCCUGGAGCUCAUGGCCCUUUAUGUAGCUGCUGCCAUGCAUGACUAUGACCACCCUGGAAGAACCAAUGCCUUUCUAGUAGCUACCAGUGCACCACAGGCUCUUCUUUACAACGACAGGUCAGUCUUGGAAAACCAUCACGCAGCUGCAGCUUGGAACCUCUUUAUGUCUCGAUCUGAGUAUAACUUCCUGGUUAACCUUGAACACGUCGAGUUCAAGCGCUUCCGCUUCCUAGUCAUUGAAGCUAUCCUGGCCACUGACCUCAAAAAGCACUUUGACUUCCUCGCAGAGUUUAAUGCCAAGGUAGGGGAUGAAGGAGUGUCUUGUAUUGAUUGGACCAAUGAGAAUGAUCGAUUGCUAGUGUGCCAGAUGUGCAUCAAGCUCGCUGAUGUCAACGGGCCACUGAAGUGUAAGGAGCUGCACCUACAAUGGACAGAGGGGAUCGUCAAUGAGUUCUAUGAACAGGGCGAUGAAGAAUCAUCCCUGGGCCUUCCCAUCAGCCCGUUCAUGGACAGGUCUGCUCCACAGUUAGCUAAACUGCAGGAAUCAUUCAUUACUCACAUCGUGGGACCACUGUGCUCCUCCUACGACUCAGCUGCUCUUAUGCCGGGACACUGGGUUGAUGAAUCUGAGGGAGACCAGGAAGGACAAGAUACAGAAGAGGAGGAUGAGGAUAUGGCAGAUGAGGAUGCAUCAACAAGUUCUGACACCUCGCAGCGGCAAGAAGCCAAAAAGGUGAGCAGGAGGAAAGUGUUUUGCCAGAUCACACAGCAUCUUUUGGAAAACCAUGAAAUGUGGAAAAGAGUGCUUGCUGCAGAAGCCCAGGAGGAGGCUCAGGAAGAGAAUCCAAACUGCAUUGGCAAGCCCACCGAUCCAAUAACAGCCAUUCACGAGGAAGAGGAGGAGCAGGCAAGCAAAGAGGAGUUGACUGAUGGCCUUAAUGAAAGGGAAGAGGUGCCAGCUAUAGAGGAAGAGGAGAUCUUUCCACAAUUGGACACUUCAGGAGAAAAAGAGGAAGAACCUGAGUGAAAUGAUGAACUCUGACCUCCUCUUAAACCAGGAAUCUGAACGUUGUCCAAAACGUUUUUGGGUUUUUUUGUUUUUCUUUCCUAACUAAACUCUUUAUAUGGUAGCCAGCACAUCACUUUGACACAACACUGUAGAGGAUGUUUUGGGUAAAAUGUGCCUAACAAAAACAGGGUUGAGGACAGGGAUAAACUCGUACCCAGUGCAUCUGACGAGGAGAGAGAUGUGAGAUGAGCAAGAAGAUGAAGCGACAAAUGAGGGAAAAUAGAGAAAAACUCAGACUGAGUAAUCAAGAUGGAGUGCAUUUGUUUGUUUUGCUGUUUGUUUUAGUUUGGAUUUGGCACCCAGACUGCUCAUCUUGCACUAUGGGCCAACCACGCUGAUUCACAUCUUCACUCCACCAGUGAGUAAUACACUGUCACCCCGCUCCCCCCCUCCCACACACACACUCCUGUCUUUAGUUCCCAUGCUAUCAGCACACUUUGGAGCCACGCAGCUGCUCGAGGAUGUGCACCAGGCCCCUUCUCCGUGAACACAAUGGGAUGAAAGCCAGCGGAAAAGCCGUGUCCACUGAGCCUCUGCCACGUGAAUUUCAGGAGGAGAUUGAAAAAAAGAGCCAGUGGUCAUGCAUUGUGUACACACACUUCACACAGACACACACAGUGCUAUAGCAGAAACACACUCCAUGCUCAGAACAGAUAGGAAGUUUAACAAAGAACUCUGUUGCACCAAAAGCUUUAUUCUCAUUCAAGGAAAAACAUACAAAGCAAUGUUUUGUUCUUGUCAAACAAUGUUAGUCAGCAAUCAUUUCUCCCUUUCUUUUGUUAUAAUUGGUUCAGCGCACCUACACGUUUCCAGUCUGCAUAACUCAGGAAGGCAGAAACCCUUAGAGAUCGAGAAACAAAAAAAGGACCUCUAGUGUUCUUGUCCUUUUAAUUGUCACUGCUUCUGCCUUUUUUGUCACUUCAGUGCGUCCCCAGCAGAGUGUGGUUCUCUUUGUGCAACACCUAAUGCACAUUAAUAUUAAUCACACUACAGCUAACUCUCAAGAAAGAAACCAGUCGGUAAUAUAAGGUGUUUUCAUAUUGCAAGCACAUAUAAUCUGUGCCCACAUUUAUGGGACCUCUCAACUUGGAUCAAUCUUUAAGGGAUUUGUUAAAGAGAAGAGAUUCUGUUUCUCUCCAGUGUAACUUCUAGGCUGGUAUGUAGGCCAAAUGUUUCAGAAAGUGCAGUAAUCCGCCAUAGUGGACUAGGCCAGAGCUGAGUCACAGCUCCAAAUUACCCAAGAAGAUUUACGUUAAUAAGACAUUUCAACACUGUGAGGCUUAUUGCCAUGCAGGAGGUGCUGUGCGCCCACAAAAAAACUAUACAUGGAAGCGUAUGACCGGGUCCACACGCAUAGGGGUAUUCUUUCAAACAGGGGUUUUCUUUUGUUGUUCUAAGUAAAUAAAUCUGAUAAAACACCCUUAAAAUGUUUCUGUCCACAUGAAUGCAAAAGCAGUUAACGAGCCAAGAGUCAGUGAUGUACAUCUACAGUUGCUUAAAAUUGCCUCAUGUAAACAAAAGAUAUGAUAGCGUGAACUUUGACCUCUCGAGCCAAAAAACCUUUGGAAAGAGUUUAGAAAUAUCAGCACCAUGAAGCCUAUCUGUGUUUUGGAGUGACUUUUAAUGAUACAUAGAAAAAGCUGUUAAAAUAACUUUAAAGAACUAGUUGUUUCACUUCCAUAAAAAGCCAAAGAAAGUUAUAGUGGAAACAGUAAGCCCCUUACAUUUCUGAAUCCAGCUUAAUAAUUAACCACAUGUACACAAAUAUAUGAUAUUUACUAUCUAUUUAUUGAAUGAUGUAGUUUACCUACUAUUUUUUGAGAGACUAUUUCUCUUCACUCUUUUAUUAAUGUCACUGUUUGCGCUCGUCUUUGAUGUCCUUGGACAUUCAUAUUUGCUGUAAUGGAAGAAAAUGUGUGAAAAAAAAGAACAGCCUCGGUAAUGAGGCUUAUUAAUGGAAGAAUCCUUUCAGCUGGACUUGGAGCUGCUCAUGAGAGGUCAGAGGGGUCUCAGAUCUUUGUCACAGUUCAGCUGAUUCUUUCUGGUGUAAGUCUUUGAAGAUGAGCCAGUUCAGUUGGAUUCAAAAUCAUGUGAUGAUCCACUUCUCCAAUUCUCCAAACCAUAUUACAGGGAUAUGCAGUGUAGUGUAUUUGAUCUGACGUCAGAAAAGCAACAGGGGCUCUUUG